AUGGUGGGGGUUGGAGGAAGAAAACCUUCAGACAGGGCAACUGUGUCUUCUCAUGUAGGUGCUUCCAAUGAGAAGUGGGCAUAUCUUAUUUGGCCAGAAUGGAAUGAAGCAGAUAUCAAUGCAGAAAAAUGGGAUACUGCAAAAGCUGGAAAAGAGAAAGAAAAAACUGGAAAAAGUCCCAUCUCACAUGUCUUUGAGGAUCCUGAAGGAAAAAUAGAGUUGCCAGCGUCCUUAAAAGUGCACUCAUGGAAACGCCCACAUGAGUUUCUAACAAAUAAGAUUCCUGUGGUUGUCAAAAAUGAAACUUCAUUUAACCUUGUUUCAGCAAAUGAGCAUAUAUUUUGUAGUGAGCUUAUGAGGUGGAUUAUAAGUGAAAUUUAUGCAGUCUGGAGGAUAUAUAAUGGAAAGACUCUGACUAAUGGAACAUCCACACUUUUUUGGAAACCAUGGGAACACAUUUAUGCCUUAUGUAAAGCUUCCAAGGGACACAUGCCACUGUACAAUAGCUAUGGAAAAUACGUAGUGAAACUGUAUUGGAUGGGAUGCUGGAGAAAGAUUACUGUGGAUGACACUAUGCCAUUCAAUGAAGAGGAUAAUUUGUUACUGCCAGCUACAACCUGCCAAAUUGAACUUUGGCCAAUGUUGCUGUCCAAAGCUAUCAUUAAGCUGGCAAAUGCUAGUAUUCAUGAAACUGGAAAACGAGAACUGGAGGAAUUUACAGUUCUUCAUACACUGACUGGAUGGAUACCAGAAGUUAUUCCUCUCCAGCCUGGAUACUUGGACAAAAUCUGGGGAUUUUUGAAAGAGAUUGUACCAGAAUUCAAGUUGCCAAAUGAGAAAACUCCAGAACUUGAUAUUCCUCAGUCAGAUACAAAACCUAAAGAGACCCAGGAAUCAGAAUUAAAAAAUGAAGUUUCAUCUGUGGUUAAGCAGUCAGAUAAAUCUGAGAAAGCUGGUAAAGUCGGCAAAGAAAAAGCAGAACAGAGAGAGAAUGGAAAGAAGAAAAGCAAAGAAGGAGAAAAAGAAAAAAACAAGUUAGCACGUCAGACUUCGCAAAUGGCAGAAGGCCAACAUUCUCUUCACACCUUAACUGAAAAAUCUUGCAUGCCAACCCAGCCAGAAAUGGUUGUGUAUGCUGGCUGCACACCACUGCAUUUGGCUGAAGAGGAUAUUUUUACUUUGGGACAGAUGGCUGAUUCUUCAGAAAAGAUGAGGCAAUAUGGGCUUUCCCACAUAUAUAGCCAUCCUGUCCUUAUCACUAGAACUAGGUCCUGUCCUCUGGUAGCACCACCACAACCACCACCAGUUCCUCGUUGGAAGCUUUUCCGUCAGAAAAAGGAAAUUGUUGUGACAUCUGAACCCCAAGAGCCUGUGGUAAAGAAACCUGAAGAAUACAUUGAAAUUGCUAGCCUAUUUUUGAAUUACAAAUUGAGUAUUAUCAGAAUACCCACAGACAUCCACCCUCCACAGUCUACUAUCAAAAAACGAUUUCAUUCCAUAUCCUGUGUACCUUCUGUUGCUGAAAGUGAUGAAAAUGUAAGUGACAGUAAUGUGGAUAUGAACCAAAGUAGGAGAUACUCAAAUGCAGAAGGUGAUUACCAGGAAACCACCCUCUCUCGGCAGCAAAAUGCAGAGACACCCAAUAAAGAAAAGUUAUGUGAGACUAUCAGUUUUGAUGCAAAACAAAUGUCAGAAACAGCUGAUACUGAUAUGAACAACCAGCCAGUGGAUAAAGAAAUCGAGUCAGAAAGGACUUCUGUUUCCAGGGAAACCUGGAUUAGCUUUGAAGACUUCUGUGUUUGUUUCCAGAACCUGUAUGUUUUCCAUAAGCCACAUACAUAUGCUUAUAACUAUCAGAAGACAGAUUUUAAGCCUACUGACAACCGAGUCUUCUAUUAUUUACUUGUGGACAGUCUGAUGCCCAUUGAAAUCCUGGUUAGCUUUUCUGCAUUAGUACGCUGGGGUGAUACUGGAGAUACUAAACAGGAGUAUUCUAGUAUUCCAAAGGGUGUGCUGAUGGUUGAACAUUUCUCUUGGAAACGUGUGACUCCUGGAGAACGUGUGUUAAAGAUGCAUACAUCCGCAACCAAAGCUACUAUGUUAAAUCUUCCUGUUGGGCGACACACAUUGCUCUUCACAGUAAGUUCUCCCAUAGGGCACCAUAUUCAUCUGUGUAGCAUGGUGCCGUGUGUCUUUGGAGAAGAGGACACUGUGAUGCCAUGUCUUGAAAAGGAGAGCUACCGGUUUAUAGAACAGGCUGAAGCUAUCCUGAAAGCUGUUGGAAAUGUGAUAAAUAAUUUCAGCAGUAAUCCUGAACUUUCUACAGCCUUGAAGGAGUUAGAACUAACUCACUGUCCUCCUGGCCUCCACGGUACUGGAAUGGUUAAAGAGCACUUCCAGGUUUUCAACAGUGCAUUUUGGUAUUUGAUCAAAUACGUAUUAGGCAAGAAGGUUCCUUACAGCCACAGAUUUGCCUACAGGUCCUUCACUUUGGAUUUUAGAGACAUUGAUAUUUCUGAGGCUGACACUAUGUCUUCAGAGAGUUGUGAGAAGAGUUCUGUUAGUAAUUUGCAGAUCCGAACUCCCACUUCUGAAGAAGCAGCAGCGGCUCUUAAACUUCAAGCCAUCUGGAGAGGGACCUGUGUUAGGAAAGUACUGAACAGCAGAAAACCAGGUACUAAAGAAAAUGCUAAUGCCAAAGAAACCUUGCAAAAACUGUGGGCUGCAAUUGAGUUAAAUUUUGAACAGUGUUCUGUAAUACUGUUAAGAGAAAUGUUUAAAAGAAAAUGUAAGUCAGUUGAAAAAUUUCCUUGUUAUGAAGAUGAAUGGUGUAAGGUAUCUUUCACUGAUUAUUCUGUGACAUAUGCUGAUCAACCACCAAAUGUGUGGUUUGUGGUUUUCAGAGAAACAUUUCUUGUUCCAGAAGAUAUGCUUAUAGUGCCAAAGGUGUAUAGCACUAUCCCUUCCUGUAGACUUCACGUUGUUGAUAAUGACACACUGGAGGAAAUGCCAUGUGUCUUUUUUGGAGUGGCACCUCGUGUUUAUCCCAAAAAUAAG